AAUUGCUCAGUCUGCUCGCAACCACCAACCCAACCAACCAGACCGUACUUUCUCUCUCUCCUUCUCUUCUGUAUCCUUUAUACCAUCCUUGUUUUACGCAAUAUGUGUGUGUAUCAGUUAGUUGAUACUCGUUGCCAACAAUUAUUAUCAUCAUCUCAUCAUACAACACUCUCUGCUUGUGUAUUCAUUAUUCUUACGUCGAGUUGAGUUGUCAGAACUUUGUUUAAUUCACCUUUCUAUUGUGAUUGAUAUACUCGCAAUGUUAACCAAACCAAAUCAUCAUCAUCCUUCUUCUUUUGCAUCCCAUGCAAUGCUUGUUCCAAUCUGUCUGUUACUUCCAUCCUAAAUAGUGAUCAUCUGUUUCCUUUCAAUGACCGCAUGGGCAACGUUUUCAUCAUUUGCACACAAUCUGGGCUGAAAUCUGGAAAGAAAAACUUGGUGCUCAGUCAAUAAUUCCAAUUUCCAGAUUUUGUCUGAUUACGUGAUAGGUUCGUGUAUUGGAAAAAUGUGAGCCCUUGGAAUUGUAAAAGGGGAUUUGUGUUUAAUUUAACAUUAUUAUCAUAACAUGUGGUUAUUUUUAUAAGUUUCAUCAUUUUUUUCAUCUGGUUUUCUAUUUUAUAAUCAACUACAGAUGAAUACUUACUUAUCCCAAAUAAGAAAGACGCUCCUGUAUGCAGAUUUAUAAUUUGGUCUGUUAUAUUGUUUCGAAAACAUUUUAGGCUAUUUAAGUACAACAAGGUUUGUUUGUUAUUGUUUUCACAAGACUUGCUAUUGUAUAUAGUAUUCAAAUCAGUAUUCGAUACGGAAAGAAGCUUAUGUACCUACAUUUCCACUACAUCCUUGCAGCACAAUACGCUCACCACAAGCUCAUAACUUACUUGAUUACAUAUCAAUUAACCGUGUCAAAGAAGUACUUUUAUGGUGCGAACAUUUAGAUAAUAAAAAUAUAUUUAUCCUGGAAAAUGCCGGUGGCAUCAUCUCCAAUAAGAAGCGUUAUUACAUACUAAAAAACGUAUGCGUCAAGUUUGGGAUACACUUUAAUGGCAGAUGUUAAUUGCAACCUGGACGCCGCUACCAAGAGGAGUGGCAAUGGGGAAGUCCUGGUGGGUGACGAUGAUGAAAAAAGUGUGCAGAUCUUUAGCGACGCUGCCAAGUACAGCUACACCGCACUCACUGCCCUCGCCCUUCGAGACCUGUACAUGGAGGACCUUCACCACCAUGCUUUCUCCAGAGAAUUUGUGCACAACAUCCGAAUUCACUUGAAAUUGCCCCUUCAUUCUGACGAGGUCAUGCUCGCGCUAUUUCAAGGAGAAGGGGUCCAGAGUGGCGACGUCUACGUGGAGUUGGUCAAACAGGAGGGUCAUGCAUUUGCCUUCUUCAUUGUCAAGGAUCUCGUGUAUCAUUCAGUCCGAAGCGGCGUACUUUCUGGAAAAUAUGAUGCAAGAACGAGAGCAAUGAUCCUUGUCGUGGCAAAGUCCUUGGAUAUUCGUUCCUCGUUAGUUGAGAUGAUGGAAGAGUCUGCAGUCAAAUACUUGACAGAGACCAUUGUCCCCAAGACCGAAGCCGAGCUGAAAGAAACUCUGAAACGACAAAAGACUCGGAAAUAUAAGCGGUAUGCUCUUGUGGGGCUGGCAACGCUGGGCGGAGGAGCGAUUCUUGGCUUAACAGGCGGGUUGGCGACACCCUUAAUUGGUGCAGGUCUCGGGUCUCUUCUGGGAGCUGGUACGGCUGCAGCCCUUUCUAGCACUGCUGGAGCUGCUGUGAUUGGGUCACUAUUUGGUGUGGCCGGUGCUGGUUUGUCGGGUUUCAAGAUGCAAAAGAGAGUUGGCGAGGUGGAAGAGUUUGAGAUAAAACCACUGGGAAAAGUUUAUGCCAAGAAUCUGCACCUGGCAAUUGCCGUGUCGGGCUGGCUCAACGACCAAACGGGUGACCAAGGGUUUUUCAUUCCGUGGAAGAAUUUGAAAAUAUCGCAAGAACAGUACUGUAUUUUUUAUGAGUCACAAUACCUAUUGGAAUUAGGUCGUGCUGUUGAUUACCUUCUUAGUUUUGCCGUCUCAAUGGCUGCACAGGAAGCAUUGAAACUCACUAUUCUUUCAGGCCUAAUUUCAGCCAUAGCUUGGCCAGCAUCACUUCUCACACUUGCGUCAGUCAUCGACAAUCCUUGGGGAGUAUGUUGUAGAAGGUCUGCACAAAUCGGAAGAACACUAGCGGAAGUACUAAUUUCCAGGCGACACGGGAAUCGCCCAGUCACACUGGUUGGAUUAUCGCUCGGGGCUCGAGUAGUGUUUUAUUGUCUUCUUGAGCUUUCACAAAGGAAGGGACCUGAAGUUGAGGGACUUGUCCUUGAUGCAGUCAUGCUAGGGACUCCGGUCACCGGCAGGGCGUCAACUUGGAGUUCUCUUGCUCGUGUCGUUUCUGGAAAGAUUGUAAAUGGCUAUUGCAAAACAGACUGGCUUCUUAAAUUUCUAUAUAGAAGCACAACUGGGCACUAUAGAAUUGCUGGACUCGAACCCGUAACUUGGGCGCAUCCUCGCAUGCAUAACGUUGACCUAUCUCAUAUCGUAGCUGGACAUACAGAUUAUGCCGAGAAAAUUGACGAGAUCCUAAUAUCUCUUGGCUAUGCGGAGGAGUUGGACAUGGCAUCUGAGUUAAGAAGAAGCGUGUCUACAAUGCAUCUUAGAGAAAAAGAACGCCAUUUUAAACGCACACCUUCAGUUGACUCCUUCCUGUCCCUCCACAAACAUAAAGUUCAUCACCAUAUUGACAUUGAUGAGCUGAGGGCUUCAACCUCUUCUUCUGCACCAACGCCAACACCUUAUUCGACGUCCUCAACAAAUGGCAGCAGCAAUAUCUAAAAAUCGAUACAUUGCUGACCGGUAUCCGACCCAUCACGCAAGCAGUCAGUAUUAUUUAUUACAUUGGUAUAAUGAAUUACUCGACUAUGCUGCACUGGAGAAAACUUUAAUCUAGCUGUUACAUUCCAAACAAAAGUAUUGCUAAAUCAUUACAUUCCAGAAUCUUUGUAAAACGCUCGUCAUGUGAUAUCUUACAUAUUAUGUAACUUGAGUAUAUAUUCCAAAGAUUCUCAUUAUCAUGUUAUAUCAUGUUUGAAGUGAUCUAACACAAAGGAAAAUCAAAUCUAGUCUGAAGUGUACGAAAUCCGAAAGAAAAAAGACGGGUUUUACAGGGUUUUCACGCGCGACCUGCUUCCUCCAAGGCUUCCUCGUUCAACAAAAAACUAAACUCUAUCAAUAUGUAUAACCAAUUUACUAUGAAAAUUCAUCAAUAUUAACGUUGCAUAUCAAAUUCUGCCUGCAAAAUCCAAAAUUUUAUACCGGUAUAUAAGAUUCCUAACUUCGAAACCUUACAUGAAAUUAACAAUUACUGGUAAUCAAUACGUAUGUAAUUGGCACAGUGAAUCUUAAAAUCAUUUAGUCAGAUAAAUAAUUACUUAGAUGUACUCUUAUGUACUGGCGUACCUUAUAAAAACACUAUUACAAUUGUGGUAUGAAAAAUUCCUGUAGCCAAAUUCAUUACCUUUGUCAAUGAGAAAUGCAGUAUUUUCUUGUUCUAGGAGAGGAAACAGAGACUAUUUUUUAGUGAAGUGCGAGAAACAUAAAAGAACCCUUGUUAUUUUAAACUUUUAAUUUUAGUUUAAUACUGAUAGACAGCUAAUCCCAACAUAAUAAGAAUGUGUAGUUAUCCUAAUAUGUAAUGCAUAUUAUGAAUUUUGGGAAACUUUGAUUUGGAAAUGUUCAUAUUUAUGUAUACCUUAAUACAGAUGAUACCUACAUAAUACCUACAAAUCUCUUCCAAAAUAAACCAUAACUUUUUUGACAGAUACCAACACAGGUAUUACCAAACUACUAAUUUCCCAUUACAAAAAAAUAGAUAGCGGUAAAAAAAUCACAAUGUCACUAGGAUUCAACGCCAAUCUACAACACAGACAAACAACCUCACAACAAAUUAUACCAAACCAAAAUAUAUAAACGCUGUAGUCAACUAUUGUACUUAUGUUGUAUUUAAAUAGUUAAGUAAGCAAUUAACAUGUAGAUGAGCUUGUUAAAUUGUAAGGAAAAAAUCAUAUUUAGAUAUGCAACAUUCAAUUUAAACAUUAGAUUGAAUUAAAGACUAAUAGACUAUUUAUAGAAAUUAGAUAAUCAAGCGCAGUUUUAAAAAAUAAAUUGAAUAAACUCAGACAGCAUU